CCAAUAUGAGACCCGUGGCGGCUGCGAGGCCUCAAGCAUUUUCUAGCUGUAGAAUUGCUCUGUUGAACGCUAAGGCCCCAGAUUUCCACGGAUGCAAAACGAGUGCGGGGUGUGGGCCAGAGCCCCAGACGUCAGAUGUAAAGCGUACAGAGGAGCUAUCCUUGCUGAAUAUGCGGGAUGAUCGGUCGAUACAAAGAUGGUACAUGUCCCGGGUGACACAGGCCUCCUGAGCGGAUGGACGAACUGACGGGAGCUGAAUGGGCCUGAGCUGUGGACACGAGACACUCUGCCUAUAAAUUCGGUCCAAGUGCCCAAUUCGAACGAUGUCCAAACUCCCGAUAGCUAUAUUAAAUCGCAAUUAUCCGAAAAACUUCGCAUUUCAUCCGUCAUCACAUCAGAGAAUCGACAACCCACCACUAGCUAAAAAUGAGUACCGUCCGUGGAAAGUGCCACUGUGGUCAGUCUGAAUGGUCUGUGAAGCUCGCAGACCAGGAGAAGUCGCAUAUCCUCUGCCACUGCGAUGCGUGCAAGCAGAUCAACGGCGGAGAGUUCACCUUGAACCAAGUUAUCCCGCAAGAGAACUUCAACCUCGAAAAAGGGAACCUAUCCAAAUACACGUACAAGGGAGACUCUGGGAACGAUGUGCAUUGCUUCUUCUGUCCAACUUGCUCUACCCACGUCUAUCAUCACCAAACUGUUCUUGGGAAAUACAUCGUCCGCACCGCAGCACUUGAUGGUGCCAAAGGAUGGCCGGUCGCUGCGGAAAUUUAUUGCAAGGAUACCUCGGGAUGGUUGCCAAAGAUUUCUGAUAAUAACUUCCCUGCUGCCCCACCUGCAUAAGCAGGAGGAUGAAAACUUUUGGCGCUAGAUGCAUAACCCGGGGUAAGUGGAAGAGCGAAUGACGUAUUUAGCAUUUGGGCAUUGAAGGGGUUGGGACAGGUGCAGAGAGACGGCCGUGGCAAUGGAGUAUUUUAUCUACUGGAACCCCCCAGUCUUUACUUGAUAUCGA